ACUUUUAGCGUCGCAGCAGGGGAGGGCACGCUGCUCUCAGAGAGGAAACAAAAGACAGAAGCAGACCUCUGCGCAGCUUUAUUUAUAUAUUGGGUCACUGAAAGACAGAGCUGCAGAGAGUCGGAUACAUGCAUUGGAAGAUGCAGCAAAGUUUGGAUACUUUUCUCUGCGUGUUACACUCUAGGGAAUAUACCGCAGGAGGGGAAUAAAAGAACAGCAAAAACCACAAUUGAGCAACUUUUUUGAGAAAAGCAAACAUUGUGGUUUUUCAAUGACUCGGCUGAGGAUCACGGAACCCACUAUGGCAAAAAACACCUCGACAUCGCCAUCCACGAACACCUCCCAGUCUCCGAACAGCUCCCUUUUUCUCAGCGAGAUGAACUUGCCGACCCAACCAACGUGUGUGGAUUACGACGCUCUUCAAAGCCCAUUGGCAGUGCUGUACACUAUAAUCUUCAUCCUGGGACUCGUUGGGAACCUUGUGGCUCUGUGGGUUUUCUUCUGUGUUCACUCGAAGAAGAACUCUGUGCGGGUGUUUCUCAUUAACGUAGCAUUCGCAGACCUGCUCCUAGUGGUUUGUCUGCCCUUCAGGAUCCUCUACCACAGCAGGGGGAACGUGUGGAGCCUGGACCCCACCCUAUGUAAAGUGGUGGGAACCCUCUUCUACAUGAACAUGUAUAUCAGCAUCACACUGCUCGGUCUGAUCAGUGUGGAUAGAUACCUGAAGAUCAAUCGAGGAGCUGGGGUGCAGCUAAGGCUGCGGUCCACCAGGUGGAGCUCUAUUACCUGUGCGGUCCUUUGGAUCAUGGCCUCCGCUUUGACUCUGACAAUGCUGACGUCAAAUAAUCACUCGCAACAGGAAAGAUGUUUCCACUACAAGACACUCCUUAAAAUGAAGUGGAAAGCGUACAUCAACAUCGCCCUGCUGGUCUUCUUCUGGCUCAUCUUCGUCUCGCUCGUCGUGUCUUACGGAAAAAUCGCUCUCAAACUCCUGAGAACUUCGCAGGACAAACCGGACCUGCCAAACGCUCAGCACUAUGCCCGAUCUGCCAGGAAAUCCUUCUUCAUCCUCUUCCUCUUCACCGUCUGCUUUGUCCCCUAUCACAUGGUCCGAGUGUUUUACAUCAGAACACAGAUCACAGACACUUCCUGUUUCUGGAGGGGCGUGGCCGAUAAAGCCAACGAGGUGGCUUUGUUGUUUUCUGCUCUGAACAGCUGCCUGGACCCUGUCAUGUACUUCCUGUUGUCCUCCUCAGUGAGGAAGGAGGUGUUGCGUUUGGUGAGCAGUGUGUUUCGAGUGAGAGAUGUUUCUGGAGUGAGCGGGAGCAGCUCGACAGUCGACAUGGACGGUAAGAGGACCGACAGAGGACCGACAAACCGCUGCUUAGUCAGCAGCGGUUGGAAGGAGAACGAGGUGACUGAAACCAGCCUCGCAGGGCUUUGAAGACUCUUCGAGACAAUUAACCUCCACCUUUGUACGUUACCAUGACGCCAAGCAAAACACAGACAACGGAGCAGCAACAAGAGCGAACGAAAAACAUUACAAUACUUAACGAUACAUCUGCAGAUACCUACAAGUAUGCAUCUAUAUAAAAAACUUUUUACAGAACAUAUAAGAAAAAUAAAGCUUAAGUUGAUUUAGAAA